AUGCAGCCGCAGGUCUCCUUCACCACGUGGAACGCCCGUGCCCUCUUGUGCAACAACAUGACGCAGCGCCGACGCAAGACACAGUGCAUGGUGGAGGCGCUUCGCGCCACCUCGGUGCUUGCUCUGCAGGAAGUUCAUGGGUCACACGCUGAGCUCCAACAUGCUGUACACCUGGCCCACAUCGAGGCGGCGAUCUUCUCAUCCAUCCCAGAGCGUGGCACUGGGGGCGUGGCCAUCAUCGUCCCUGGACUCCCGCAAUCCGUGGCUGCCGACGAGUCCCGCUUCACGCACACCGAAUUGGUCCCUGGUCGAGUGCAGCGCCUCCUCAUCAAGACCGUGACGGAGGCUGAGGCUGCCCAAGGGUCUCUCCCGAACAUGGUGGUGAUCUACAACGUCCACAACUUCAGGCUGACGGCGCAGGAGGUCGACAAGGUCACGCGAUCUCUUCGCGCCGAGGUGUACACUGCUGCCCAGCAACCGGAGCGGAUCACGAUAUUGGUCAUGGGCGACUUCAACUUCAUGGACGAAGUUUCGCUCAAGGCGCCUCUGGAGUUCAGCCGAAAGUUCGAGUCCCUGCAACAACAGUACCAAGAUGAACGAUUGGAAGCACUUCACUCUCAGGAGAUGGCGGCUGGCACUCCUGCUCAUGAACGUCUUCGUCUUCGGAGGUUGCAGAGGGCGAUCACACGGCGUGGCAAGCUGUGGGCACCCUCUGGGAAGGUUCUGAAGCUCAAGGCAAUCGAGGUCCUGCAUGACCACUCCAAGACGUCCAACCCCGACGAGAUGAUUGCGGAGCUACAGAAACAGUGGGCACCAGUCUUCCAGCCGAAGCCGAGCUCCACACAACACGUGCAACGUUACCUCGAGAAGCAUGUGAAGAAGUUCGACUGCUCGGACAUGGGCAUCCCCACGCUUGGCAAGAUGCAGCACCUCAUCCGCUCCCUGAACAACUCGGCUCCAGGACCUGAUGGUCUACCGUACAUGGCAUGGAAGAAGACACCGAUCGCUGCACAAGUGCUCCUCAAUGUCACGAUCGAGAUCAUGAGAGGUCUCCCUGUGCCCAUGGACUUCAAUGAGUCGCUCCUGAUCUUCACCCCUAAGGGGUCUGAACCUGAAGACCGCCAGACCGUGACAAGGCUGGCGAAGGCUACGCGCCCUCUCUCCCUCAAGAACACGGACUGCAAGAUCGUGGCAGCCAUGGGCAACUUCCUGAUCAAGGCCAUAGUGGCCAAGGAGACGAUCAUGAACUGGGACCUCUGGCUUCGACGUCUGCGCAUCGUGGUUCAGAAUGAACUGGAGUUCCAGCACUUCGGCAACCUGCACAACUUCGCCCCGCGGCACUGGAAGGAGCCCCCAUUUGCGUGGCACCUCCACGAGGCGGCGACGGGGUUCAAGGUCGGAGAGUCGGGGGCUGCGCGCCGCAUGGCUUUCGAGCGAGUGAUCAUUGCUUUCCAUACUUACAAUAUCCAGGCCAGGCUCUGCCAGGGCGCUUGGAGGUGCCUCGUGGCCAUCGGCGUGCUGGCGGCUUCGUCGGCCCUCGCAGCCGCAGGCGUACGGUGGGCGCUCGAGCCGGCCGCGCGGCCGUCGCGCCCGGCGCACUCCGCCACCCGGCUGGCCGCCGAGGACUCCGCGGACGGCGUGACAGACGCGUGGGCGUCGAAGAUGUCUGAGACAGGCUGCGGGAACGCAGCAGACAUCUUGCUCGACACGUCCCACCAGGAUUCCGCGGAGCUCUGCGGCGCCCUAUGCCAGAAGACUCGGGGCUGCAUCGGGUACGGGUACCAGUUCUCUGACGAUUGCGACGAACAUGGGAACAAGGGCCAAUGCAACCUGUGGCACGGACAGUGCAAGCCCGAGGCGAACGCCUGCUGGCACGACUUUCUGCUUAACAGGCCUCAGAGCAGGGACGAGCCCGCGAGGUGGGUCCUGAAGGGCUCAGGGUGCAGCAACUGGAGUCAGAUCAGGAUGGGCAACUACACCAUGGAGAACUCGAGGGAAGCCUGCGGCGAGCGCUGCGCGGGCGAAGCCGGGUGUGUCCUGUUCAACUACCAGGACGAGGAGGAGUGCAGCGGCGAGGGGCCCGGGCGGGGCGGCUGCUGGGUGUACAGCGGCGAGUGCGAGAGGGAGGACAACGACUGCUGGAAGCUGUUCGCGAUGAACAGCCCCGGGCCGGAAAGUGGUCUCGGUGAGCCGCCCGUCGCCGUCGCCGACGAUGCCGGCGACUCCAGCGCCUCCAAGAAAGCCGCCGAGGCCGGCGACACCAACGGCUCCGACGAGGCCGGCGAGGCCGACGGGGCCGACGGCGGAGGUGCUUCGGCGACACCGGUGACGGCGCUGUUUGCAGCAGUCGCUGCUGCCGAGACGGUGCUCGAGGUGGACGAGAUCGACGGCUUCAGAGUGGGGGACAAGAUCAAGCUCGAGAGCAUCGACGGCGACGAGAAGGGCGCCGCUACAGCGCAUGGCGGGCGGAAGGACCCGGAGCUGGCAAUCUGUCGCUGGCGCUACCAGCGGUACGGCUCGGAGGCGGACUUCCUUCUGGACUGGAGCACCUCCCACAAGAAGACCUGCCCCAUGAGCGCGGCGAUCAUGUUCGAGGUGAGAGAGGAGGUCGCCGCGGACCCCUCGAAGAGCGAGCCAACGGUCCUCGUGAGGGUCGCCUGCGGCCGCUCGCCGCCCGAGGUUGGGCCGGCGGCCUCGUCGGCGGCAAACUCCGGUGACGGUCUGUCCCUCUCGAUGCGCUACAGGCUGGAGGACUACACCACUGUCGGCAGCCCCCUGGGCGGCGGAUCGUUCGGCCAAGUGACCAAGGUUGUCCACAAAAGCAGCGGCCAGUACUAUGCCAUGAAGGCCAUACCGAAGAAGAAGAUAGUCGAUCACAAAAUGACGGACUACCUGUGGCGGGAGGUGCAAACGCAGAUGAAGCUAAAGCACCCGAACAUUCUCGUCAUGUAUUACUACUUCGAGGACGCGGACAACGUGCAUCUGCUCCUCGAAUACGCCCGCGGGGGCUCCUUGUUCGGGACGCUGCGCAAACGCGGGCGCCUUCCCGAGCCCGAGGCCGCCAGAUAUUUCACGCACGUAUCCCUCGCGCUCGACUACCUCCACCAUAAGGGGGACGGCGGAUCCAUCGCGACCUGA